AUGCUGGAUGAUGCCAACAGGAUGAGCUGCACACCGCCGCCAGUAGUUCAAGCCUGGCCAGUAGAUGACGAUAUCAGCGAAGAACGGCUUGAAGAGACGACCGCAGCGGGAACCGCGCACCGCCAUCGAGGUGCCUUCCCCAUGUGCUCGCCGAUACCGGAUCGAUCGGAGGUUGAGCGGGCUGGGGCAGAGGCCUCCAGCGGUAGUGCUAGUGCCCACGAAGCCAAAAGGGUUGUCCCGCGACUCGCCGGUCUCGCGGACUACGCUAUGCGGGCGUUUCUCACCGAACCGGUGCCCAAGAAGUACGGGGCGAUACGGUGUCGCGUCGCGCGGAAAGAAGGUGGCGGGUGGAACCCCAUGGCGUCAUCGGUCUACGGCAUGCAUCACAUACAGGGUGGCAUGGUGUUCAUGAUGUCGGCGACACGACAACCUUUGAGCCGCACAGCAAAUUACUACAUCAGCGCGAGUCCCUACUUGGAAACGACCAAAGACACGAGAGAGUACAUGGGGAAAUUGCGUGCACGCGAUGGCAGCGGCCGCGCCUACGUUCUGUAUGAUGACGGAGUUUCGCCCAGGAGGUCAUCGAAAGAUCGUCGGCGGGGAAUAUUCUCAAGAAAGGAACUGGCAAGGGUGGUCUUCUCCGCUACACAAAACGUGGCGGAUGGCCCGCGUUCGAUGGAGGCUUUUGUUCCUGGUCCCGCGGAACAGUACCAAGCGGGCGACGUUGAAACAUACAACCACCCUUGGGACGACGUCAUGCAUCUUCGCGAUCGUAAGCCGCGCUACGACCGAACUGUGGGUGCGUACGUCCUCGACUUCCCCAACUCCACGUCGAAGCUUUCCAUCAAAAACGUCCAACUGGUGGUAGCCGACGACCACGCUCGAGGAUAUAUCGGUGGGGACAACAAUCAAAGAAACGUUGUUUGGGAGGAUCGUCGCCCCGGGAACAUAUCCCAGCGACGUAGAGGGUGGGACGUAGAUGGACGCGAACAACGGGGCGAGUGGUGGGCACAAGAUUCCAUGUUACUGUCUUUCGGAAAGUCUGGCGUGGACGAGUUUGCCCUGGACUUUAGGUAUCCCCUGUCCCCCAUGCAGGCGUUUGGCAUGGCCUUGGCUGCACUGGACACGAGCGUGUGA